AUGGAUAUAAACUAUAGAUGUAAAAUCCCACAAUGCGAAGGUUUAAAUGACAGUCUUUGGAUCGAGUUUGCAAUACCAAAGGUUAACAAUAAGUUUGAGAAAUGUAACACUUAUGAGUUUGUUGGUGAAGGUGAGAAAUGUGAAGCAAACAGUUUUAACCGUUCUUCCAUAGUCAAGUGCGACGCGUAUGUUUAUAGCGAUGAAGAUUCAAUCGUUAAAGAUUUUGAUCUUGCAUGCCAACAUUGGAAGCGGACAUUCGUAGGGUCAGCAUACAGCGCUGGAUUCUUCAUAGCGCUUCCACUAACCGGGGUGUUUUCUGAUAAUUUCGGCCGUGUGAAAGCCAUAUCUGUAGCUACAGCUAUGUAUGGGGUGUUUGGCUUAUUGAGAUCAUUCUCUAACGGUUACUUGAUGUUUGUGAUGGCGGAGUUCCUUGAAACUGCUUCAGCGGCUGCGGCGUAUAGCGCUUCUUUCGUGUUUGGCAUGGAAUUAGUGCAACCCAGUGGACGUGUAUUUGGCAACACUCUUAUGAACUUCUCUUACAUUUUUGGAUCAAUGACCCUACCAAUGAUUGCAUGGUGGUUACAGAAUUGGAGGUACAUGCUAAGGCUAGUUUAUACUCCAUCGUUUAUCGUUAUAUCAUAUCUCCUUUUUGUCAACGAAAGUCCAAGAUGGUUACUGAGUAAAGGACGCGCCGAAGAAGCAAUAUCAAUAAUUCUGAAAGCGGAGAAGAUGAAUAAUGUAAAACUACCAGAUCAUUUGCUAGCUUCACUCAAAGCUAGUCCCAAAUCUGAAGACGAAGACAGAUAUGAACCAUUCUCAAGCGUUUUUGUUAAAGUAGUAAAAUCAAGGACUAUGUUAUUUAGAUUAAUUUUGUACUGCUAUCUAUGGAUCACUUGUUCCUUCGGGUAUUACGGUCUAUCUAUAAAUUCAGUUUCCUUGGCUGGAAAUAAGUAUUUGAACUUCAUGUUGGUUGCGUUUAUAGAAAUGCCAGCGAAUGCGUUAUGUUGCAUGGUUCUGAAUAAGUUCGGAAGGAAGAAGGUGUUGAUAACGUGGUACACCUUGAGCGCAGUUUUCUGCAUUAGUCUGUCGUUGUUACCGAAACAGGAUUCUAUAUGGCCACUAAUCUUCUACCUCGCUGGGAAGUUUUCAAUAACAGUAUCAUACACCACGGUCUACAUCUCAGUAUCAGAAGCGUUCCCAACGAAUGCGCGGCAGUCUCUCUUAGCUGUAUGUUCCACUACGGGUCGAAUUGGCUCCACUCUGGCACCCUUGACACCAUUAUUAGCGCUGUAUUACCAGAAUUUACCGACUAUUUUCUUCGGAAGUCUCGCGCUAACAGCCAGCGUGCUAUCCUUCGCGACACCAGAGACGAACAACCUAACUUUACCGGAUAAUACGAAAGAAGCUGAAAAGAUCUCCAAAUAA